GGGCUGCUAUUUCCAGGUUGGGAAUUCAGUGAAGCUUGGUAUGUCAAUUCCUACUGCCUUCAGAAUAGCACUGGACACUUGGGCAUUAUGGGUGCAGAACGCGAUUGACACAAAUAGAACACGUGUCUUCUUUAGGACUUAUGAGCCAUCUCACUGGAGCGAUAAAUUCCACAGGUUUUGUAAUGUAACUAGGCAGCCAGCAUCAAAUACAGAAGGGAGGAACAGAAGUAUAUUUUCAGACAUCACAAUGGAGAUUCCGGACAUGCACAGAACUGAACAUUGGUUGAUAUCUGUGAAAGGAGCAAUCAGAACCUCUGGUCUGCAAGGUGUGCUUGUCUCAAUGGCAGGCCAUAACGCUGGAGUAUUGGGUUUGGAUUCUCUCUUCAUCUCUCUUCAUUUUCUCUAGGUAUCCUGUGGCAGUUUCUGCAAAUAUCCUGCAAACGUUGAUUUUUCAUGGGCUUCCCAAGGGAAAUAUAGAAUUACACAGAAGAUACCUUUUUUUUUUUUUUUGGGAGACUAACUUUUUCAUUCGUUAACCAAUUGUUCAUUACGAGUGAAGGGUGUCUGUUCAGUAUGUAACAAUAUUUUUGUUGUAUAUUUUUGGCAAAAUUUUUGUUGAAAUGCUAAAAAGAAAAGGAAAUGAAACAGAAAUUCACUUUUGUGCUAUAUAGAAGGCCUGUUUUCAAUGGUUA